UCAAGCUUUAAAAACUUUGAUAGUAAAAAUAAAUUUCAGGAACGCUGUCACGUCUGAUUUUGUGUUCAGUACUUUUAUGUUAUCGUUCAAAUACAACAUGCUGAAUUGAAGAAGAGGCAGAUUUCCUUACAGAAAGUUACGUUUAUUUUGAGAACAUAUAAACUUGUAGCCAAGGCAGGAAUCUUGUGCAAGUUUCAGUGGGUAUGUAUACAAGAGGGGUGGGGUAUUAGAAACAUCUUAAAAAGCAGAACAUCUCCAGAACAGCUUCCUCCUACAAGUCACAGUGCAGAAAGUGAACAGGACAGUGAAGAUCUUGAACCAACCAUGGAUUAUUACGAUGGACUGGGAUUUAAUUAUACUAUCGGUGAUGAUUACACGCCACCUGACUUUUCAGGCCCUUAUGUCCCGAAGAUUCAACCGAUCCAGAUAGCAGCUCUGGUCUGCUACGGCCUUGUGAUCCUACUGGGUGUUCCUGGUAAUGCCGUGGUGGUAUGGGUGACCGGUUUCUGCAUGCCCCACUCUGUCACGUCCCUGUGGUUUCUGAACCUGGCUCUGGCUGACCUCCUGUGCUGCCUGUCCCUCCCUCUGCUCAUGGUUCCUCUGGCUCACGACGGUCACUGGCACUUCGGCUCGCUGGCCUGCACUCUGCUCCGAGGCGUGUUUUACCUGGUGAUGUUCUGCAGUGUUCUACAGUUGGCUUUAAUCAGCCUGGACCGCUGGUUGCUGGUGAGCAGACCUGUGUGGUGCCAGAACAAAAGACGACCAAGGAAAGCUGGGUGGGUCAUUCUCGGUGUGUGGUGCUUGUCUCUGAUCUUCAGCAUCCAUCAGUUUGUCCACACCGCUGCAAUAGACGCAGGAACAGAGAAGAAGGAGUGCAACCAACCUAGAUCCUGGUUCUUCUUCUCCUUCAGAUUCGUGGUAGGGUUCAUCCUCCCUUUCCUGAUUAUUGUCAUCUGUCACUGGAAGGUGUAUGGGAAAACAUCAAGUGGACUUUCAAAUGGGACCCGUUCCAAGAAAACACUGAAGAUCAUUGUCGCUGUGAUACUCAGCUUCUUCCUAUGUUGGCUCCCUCUACAUAUUGUGGACAUGAUCAUGUUACUCACCCCACGGUCUUCUACUCAGUACCCACUGGUCUACCAUGCAGAAGUGAUGACAGUCUGUCUGGCAUAUUUUAACAGCUGCCUCAACCCACUGCUUUAUGUUUGCCUGGGUCGUGGCUUCAAAAACACUGUGAAUCGCUCUCUGCGCAGCGUUCUUCACUUCAUUACUGAAGAACCUCAAAAUAGGAUGAGCACCACCAACAAUGACACCAAAAGCUCAAGCACUGGAAGGGAGAUAACUAAAGUAUGAUGGGGUGUUGACUUGGAAACGUGUUGUGAUAUUCUUCCUGCUGCAGUUACUCUGACUGCACAAAGAUCAGAUAUCCUAAAACUGGAUUGAGUCAUAACCUAUUGACACAUAACGGCAUGUCAAACCGAAGACGACUUUUUGAAAGUUUGCUGGCACGCAAUUCUAGAAAGAACUAAGGACUGAUGCAAAAAUGCAGGAACUGUUAAACAAAAACACCCAAAACAUCAGCAGCAGUGCAAGUUUUACAACUGUUAAAAUUCUGCUUAAUUUCAAGACACUUCUGUUUUUGACCCAUGACUUAACACUGUAUUUCUUGAGGCAUUUAAUACAAACACGGUCUAAAUGUAUGUGUAAAUGUAUAUGAUUUAAUUUAUAGACACAAUUGGUGUCAGAAUAAAGAUUAAUAAGUCACAUAUUUAACAAAA